AUGUCUAACGCUACUUCUGCCACUUUACCACUACAUAUGUACAUCAGACCACUGAUUGUCGAAGAUGAAGAAGAAGUUUCAAAACUUGAAGCUGUUUGUUUCCCACCAAAUGAAAGAGCACCAAGUGCUACAAUUGAUUUUAGAUUAAAGAAUUGUCCAGAAUUAUGUUCUGGUUUAUUCAUCAGAGAUUUCGAUGAAGAUACUAAGGAGGUUAAGAGUGAAACAUUAAUUGGUCAUAUUCUUGGUACUAAGAUUUCUACAGCUUAUAUUACUUUAGAUAGUAUGAAAUUAGUUAAUGAUGAAGCUAGUGGUACAAUUGCAAUUCAUUCUGUUGUUAUUGAUCCAAAAUUUCAAAAGAAAAAUUUAGCUACUUUAAUGUUAACAGAUUAUAUUCAAAAAUUGAGUAAUCAAGAAGUUGGUAGUAAGAUUGUGAUUAUUGUUCACGAAUAUUUAAUUCCAUUUUAUGAAAGAGUUGGCUUUAAGGUUAUUGCUGAAAAUACAAAUGUCAGUAAAGAUCCAGAUUUUGCUCGUUCUAAAUGGAUUGAUAUGGAAAGAGAAUUGGUAAAGGAAGAAUAUGAAGCUUAA